AUGUAUAACAAUUUCUGUUUCCAGAUCACAUUUCUUUUUGCGGAAAACAAAUCUCGUCCCGCUUAUGCCUUAACUUCUUUUCCUGGAAGCGGCGUUACUUGGACACGACAGCUGAUCGAAGGUUUAACAGGGAUAUUCACCGGAACGGUUUACGGGUCUGAGGAGCCAGGGAUCAUCGAUGGGAAUUAUUAUGGGAACAAUGUAGAACCAAACUGCGGAUGCCUUAUUCUGAUUAAGGACCACGAGUACCCAGAAUUCUAUCCUCUUCUAGGGGAUGUUGGACCGUACCAGCAUAGAGGAAUUCUAAUUCUUCGAAAUCCCUUUGACGCUCUUUUCACCUUUGCGCAUUAUCUAUGGAGUGGCAACAAUCAGAUAGGAACCGUCUCAUUAGAAAAUUUCAGCAGCCUUAAAUGGGAUCAUUACAUCAAGUUUGUAGCAUUUGAAUGGGCGGAGCAUGCCGUUCGCUGGAUCCAACACAUAGAAAAUGGGACGGUCGUUUUUUACGAACGCCUUCUGCAAGACACCGAGAGAGAAUUGAAAGGAUUGUUACAUGCCAUUAAUUUUAUUGAUCCAGAUCAUCCACCUUUCGAUCCGGAACGGAUGCGUUGUACUCUGCUACACAAAAAUCGAUUGGAUCGCAAACGUAAACAGAAACCAACAGUCCUACUUACUGAGGAGAAUCACUCGCGAAUAAUGUAUUCAAUACUAAGAGUACAGGAAAGUCUGCAGAAGAAAGGCUGGCCGUUACUUCCUCUUCAUCUAUACCAAAUACCUAAAUACAUUGGAUCGUAGAAUGCAAAGGACAACAUUUUAUUUGCUUAAUAUUCAUCCAUCAGAACAUCAUUUUACUUGCCGUGGACUCACAAGCCUUUUCAGGUGGAAUGACAAAGUCUUCACACAGUCUACAGUCUCAAAAGAUUUCCGGUUUCUGCAGCAAAGACAUCCCUCACAGAAUAUUGAUUCCAAACUGAAAUGAAAGUUAAAGCCUAUAACUUAGUUUGAUCCCAUUUAAAAUAUAAUAAAUCCAUAUUAAAAGAUAAUGUGAAAAUUUGACUUCGUCUGAUUAAUGUAGAUUAAUGCGUGUAUACUCUCCAUUUCUGGUUUCUAUCUUUUUCCUACUUUUGGGGGUUUCGCAUCUACAUACGUGGUAGAAAAAGAAGGUAGAGGUUAAGGUAGAAAAUUUCACAGAAUUUUAGCUAGUAGAUAUAUGGGAGAUGCUCUACCAUUUGGUAGAUCGUUGUGUGUCGGUCAAAGUUUAAUUUAGAAGAACAUUUUUACGACAAUUUUUCUUAAAACUGGGUUGUUAUUUUAGUUUUCAGUGAGAUUAAAAUACAAAAUUGGAUUCACUGAUAAAAAAGUAACUUAGUUUUUGAAGGUUAUAACGUUAUAGGGAAGAGUGGGGCUAGUUGGCAGAAGAAUAAGUAGAAAAAUCUUAAUUUAGAAGAAUUGUAUCCAAGAAAUUUUAUUGAAAUAAUUUAUGAUAAAAGGUGUUUAUCGUGCGCACAUUUGUGUAAAAUUUCAUAGCUUUAUCGCAAAUAGUUAAGUAAAUAGAAAAUAACGAAUUUUUUGAGUUAAAUCCACAAUAGUUGUGUGCUUAGUAUUUAUCAAUCAUAUCUUUACUUGGUAUGCAUAUAAUUUAAAAAAAAUCGAAUGUUAUAGAAAAUGGUGUCCUCUAUUAAACUGUAAUAAUGGAUCUGUUAUAAUCAAUUAUAAAUGAGUAAUGAA